AUGUCAAAGGUCACUAAAUCUCGCGAAACAAGCGGAAUAAACCGCGACGACAUGUGGUUCAGCUGGGAGGCUGUACUGGCUUGUGUCUUACUUGCAGCAUUAGCAAGCUACCAACUCAACAGAACACUUUCAUCUCAACCUCUGCCUCUUCAAUCUACCAACAAUAAAGAGACAUCAAGUGGCUUCAGAAGAUUAUCGAACGCGCAUGUGGUAACUAGACCAAACCCAGAAGUCGUCGGUUCGAAUCAAGAUGAAACGGCACACUCAUCUGCUCAGCUUCUUCGAACUGCGUCUCGGUCUUGGACAGUCUCUCCAGAGCAUGCCAAGGAUGUGCACACAAACAAGCCAAUAGGCCCCGAAUCAAGAAAAAUUCUGCACGACUCCUUCACCGAUGUUGAUCAAAAUCCUGAAAGUAAAGUGGUUCCCUACGGCAGUGGUCUGAUCGAAGGCAUUAUCCGCGCCUUUCAGCAAGAUCUACAUCUUGUACUUCGUCCUGAUGAUAUAUGGCUGGCUAUUACGACUCAGCUCAGCUUCUAUAUUAAUGCCCACGCUGAGGAGCUGAGACACCUUUUUGUCACGCAUGAAGGCCAGAAAAAACUAAUAGUCGACCUAACGCCACAGACCAUGGAAAAUUUGGAUGUGGCGUACGCUGCGGUUUUAUUCUCUCAAUUAAUACAGAAAAAUGUGAUCGAUCCAGAGCUUGCAAGUUGGAUGCUCCCGAAUUUUAGUACCAGUACUAUCAACGACGUCAGUGUGGCCGCAAUGGUUAUGAUGGCAACUACAAAAGCAUAUUUCGAAUACAUUGUUUUAAUGGGCUGUGGCUUUCCAAGCGUUACUCUCCUUGGAGAGAGAGAAGAUUGGGUGAGUCUCCUCGAGAGAUUACCCAAGCUUGCUGAAUUUGGCGAUGAACCUGAGGAAUGGAGCAAACUACUCAUCAAAGUGGUCGAAAAAAUGAUUGAGACGUAUGAUUAUCCAGAUGAUCAGACUACCAAAGACUUCUGGAUGAAGGCAGUGCACCAAACCGGUGCAGAGGCUUCUGGAAGGGGUUUGAAGUCCUUGUCGGGAUGGAUCACCGCUUUCUGCUUUUGGGAUAGCGAAGGCACAAAAGUCGAUCGGUACACAGACGAGAAGCUACCGAUGUUCCUGUUUGAUGGUGAAAACCCUGAAGAUAGGAAGAGAUUGGUCAUUGAUGAUGUUGUUUUUCCCAUCAUUCGAGCUGGUUCGGUACCAAAAGCUGUGGUCGAGGUACCGAUCAAAGUUAUUGAUACAUCGACAUUGACUGAAUACGACACCACUGUAAUAGCCGGUUCGAUAGGCAUGACAGCAACCACAAGCGAAGACAAGGCAGUAUAUGACACUUUUCAGCCACGAUCAGGUUGGUGGAUGUUACUAGAUAAAACGACACCGAAGCUUUAA